UCUCAUGAGAUCUCGUUUGUUUGGCGCCAUCGUCCCGCGAAAAAGCAAGCACCUGGGGUUCGGUUCGGCCCGGUCAAGUCUAAUUUCGUGCCUCUGUUCCGAAUUCCUGGGAAUCCCUCCACAGCAUAUCCUCGUGUCGUUCGCUCUAUUAAUCUCGUGAGCCCCUCCUGUACCCGUUCCUCUGCUAGGCUAUAUGUUCACUACCGACUACUGUCAAUCAUGGAGCCCUCCACAAUGGGAAUGAUUCCCUUUGCAGGAAUAAAUAGUUGCUUCAAGCUCGCAGGAUUUGCCUAUCACCUCUCAGAAGUCGGGCCAGAGAGCCAGGUCUUCGUCCGCCUGAUCCACAUCGUGCGGAUCGAUCUCCAAGAAACUGAGCGCUUGCUAUCCGUCCCAGCCGUCAAACGGCGAGUCGGCAAGACACCCGGCAAGAUCCCCUGGAUCAUGAACGCUUUGCAGAACAACAGGAUAUCGCUGAACGAGAUCGGGAGGUGGGUGGAGGAUGCGAGGGUAGAUCACCUGUCGAAAGGGAAAUUGGAUUUUGGGACGAGGGUGAGGUGGGUGCUGGAGGAUCAUGAUAAGGUGAUGAAAAGACAGGUAGAGCUGGCGGCUUGCCACCAGCAGCUGUCGAACGUGCUGGCGUAUCUGAUACCGUUGGAGGAUGAUCUCGCGGGUGCUGCGCUUCUGCCGGCGAUUGGAGAGAAUCUGCCCUACGAUGUGGUGGUCGCGCCGCGACAGAGGAGGACAAGCCAGCUCUCGAAGCAGAAGUCGCACUGCCAAAUCCUCGAGAAGACAUCUGUUGUUGAAGCCGAAAAGCCCUCUGUCGUCCGCACUGUCCCAGAUGCCAGGCAGAAUGACGACGAAACCUACGACGACAUGUUCAAAAGCUUCUCGCUAUCUCCAAAUCCGAAACUGCAUAGCGUAUACAACGGUUCGAAUACCUCUCCAUACAAGCUGCUCACCCCACCACCGUCCUACACCUCUGUCAACAACCAACUGCCACUCGGUCCUCACAGUAGACCGCGAACUCGAUCAGCCGAGACACUUGCCAUCAUGGACGGCUCUUCAAACUUUGGGGCAUCUGUGACCGAUGUGUCGGUGUACAGUAUGCCGCGAGCAUCAACCGACUCAACGUACUCCAUCGACACGGCUUCUGGGAGACCACCGACUUCGCAAAUCGACCAGAGGUCCUCCAUCCCUACGAACCCUCCAUCAACAAUGUUCAGCCUCCGCUUUCGAAGGCGCCCGCCGAAAGACUGAAGUUUGUCGAUCUUCGUCUUCUGCUCAUCGACAUCAGUUAGUGGCUAGAGCAAGCGAGCAGGAAAGUACCUAGGUGCAGGCCUUUGGUAGCUUUCUCCUCGCGCAUUCGGACAUACUGAGUGAAAAAUUGCGCGCUCUUGUAUUAUAAGUCUUCUAUCGCAUGGGAAUUGCUGUUAUCUGUAAUACCUCUGGCAGCUGAUAGUUAAUAUUUUCGGAACUCACUGUUUCGUCGCGUUCAAGAGCUUUUUUUUUUCCAUUAUCGCGGAGUCUUAAUGUAUUCAAACGAUUCCCCCUUUUCAUGUCCUUUCCUUUGUAAACUACGAAAUACAAAGUAUUGUAUACGUUCAAGAAGAUACUGUUCAUAUACAUCGAC